AUCUGCACAGGAUAGAAAAGUGUCCAGGUGUGAUGUGUGUUGGUGGAAGGAGAACUCAUGCUGAUACAACCAUGGAUCCAUUAAGUGUUCAGUGGAGGCUGGAGUUUGGAGUUUGACCGGCAACAUCUCAGGAGCGGGGAAGCAAUAGUGGCCUGAGCUUUCUACUUCCUCAGUGCCUCAAGGCUGGAAGGAGAAGAGAGCCUGCUUCCAGAUCUCCCCUUCCCUUGUUCAUCUCCUUGCUCUCCUCAGCCUUUCUGGGGAACUACUGCCUUACCAGUAAGGCAGCUCCUCUGUAAGAUAGAUGCAACUGUGCAGGACAGGCAAAAGACGAUGGCCAUGGAGAGGACUCAAAGUAGCUCCCUGCCUUCCCACCGUGAUGACCUGGAGGCCUUUCCAAACAAGACACUGGAGACUGUGGACAUUGUGGUUCUCAUCCUGUAUUUUGUGUUUGUCCUAGCUGUGGGACUUUGGUCUAUGUGGAAGACCAAGAGAGACACGGUCCAAGGCUACUUCCUGGCUGGAGGGGACAUGAUAUGGUGGCCGGUGGGAGCUUCUCUCUUUGCCAGUAACAUAGGAAGUGGGCAUUUCAUUGGCCUGGCUGGAUCAGGAGCAGCUGUGGGGAUUUCCGUAACAGCUUAUGAGUUUAAUGGUAUCUUUUCUGUGCUGAUGCUGGGCUGGAUCUUCCUUCCUAUUUACAUUGCUGGAGGGGUCACCACCAUGCCCGAGUACUUACGAAAGAGAUUUGGAGGCAAGCGGAUUCCCUUAUUCUUGGCUGUUCUCUAUUUGUUCAUCUACAUCUUCACCAAAAUCUCGGUGGACAUGUAUGCAGGAGCCAUCUUUAUCCAGCAAUCCUUACAUCUGAAUCUGUACCUUGCGGUGGUGGGGCUGUUGGCAAUUACAGCUCUGUAUACAGUAGCAGGUGGCCUGGCAGCCGUGAUCUACACAGAUGCUCUGCAGACUGUCAUCAUGCUGGGAGGAGCAUUCACUUUAAUGGGAUACAGCUUUGCUGCAGUUGGUGGCAUGGAAGGGCUGAAGAACAAAUACUUUACAGCCGUGGCCAGCAACCGGAGUGCCAACAACAGCUGUGGGUUGCCUAGAGAUGAUGCUUUCCAUAUUUUCCGAGACCCUAUCAAUUCUGAUCUUCCCUGGCCAGGGAUUCUUCUUGGAAUGUCAGUUCCUUCACUCUGGUACUGGUGCACUGAUCAGGUCAUCGUCCAACGGUCUCUUGCUGCCAAAAACCUUUCCCAUGCCAAAGGGGGCUCGCUGAUGGCUGCAUACCUGAAGGUGCUGCCUCUCUUCCUGAUGGUGAUGCCUGGCAUGGUCAGCAGAGUCCUCUUCCCAGAUUUGGUUGCCUGUGCUACCCCCGAGAUCUGCCAGAGAGUUUGUGGUAACUCUGCUGGAUGUUCUGAUAUCGCAUACCCCAAACUCGUUCUGGAGCUCCUGCCCUUAGGGCUCCGGGGACUGAUGAUGUCUGUGAUGGUGGCUGCACUGAUGUCCUCCCUCACCUCCAUCUUUAAUAGUUCCAGUACCAUCUUCACCAUGGACCUCUGGCUCCAUUUCCGGCCCAAAUCUUCUGAAUGGGAACUCAUGAUUGUGGGCAGAGUGUUUGUGCUGAUGCUGGUUGUGGUGUCGAUCCUCUGGAUCCCGUUGGUGCAGGCAAGCCAAGGUGGUCAACUCUUCAUUUACAUCCAGUCCAUCAGCUCUUACCUGCAGCCUCCAGUGGCCAUUGUUUUCAUCAUGGGCUGUUUCUGGAAGCGAACAAAUGAAAAGGGAGCCUUCUGGGGCCUGCUGGUUGGCCUGUUCAUAGGCAUGAUCCGGUUGGUGCUGGAUUUCAUCUACGUGCAGCCUCGAUGUGACCAGGUCGACGAGCGCCCAGGUGUGGUGAAGUACAUUCACUACCUCUAUUUCUCCAUGAUCCUGUCUGUCAUCACACUGGUCACUGUGGUCACAGUGAGUUGGUUCACAGAGCCGCCUUCUAAAGAGAUGGUCACUCGUUUGACCUGGUUCACGCGCCACGACCCCUUGAUCCAGGAGGAACAGGUAUUAGCAGACCCUUUACCUCCGAGCUUCUCCAAGAAUGUGACCCCAGAAGGCAGCAGCACCAGUGCCCACUUUGAGAUCACCCAGGAUGCUGCUUCUAAACCUCAAAGCGGCAAUGGUACUGCAAAAUCAUCCAAAGUGAAGAAAGCCAUCAUUUGGCUUUGUGGGAUGGACUCUGAGGCUAGCAAGACAUCUGUGAGGAAACCCGAACCUAUUGUGACUUCCUUAGAAGAAAACUCUCUUGUCAAAAGGAUUCUGGAUAUCAACCUGAUCAUCUGUAUUAGUGUGGCCAUUUUUCUCUGGGGCUACUUUGCGUAAUGAUGGUAUUGGGGGUGGGGGUGGGGAAUGGAAGGGAAAGACUGUUAGCUGGGUUUCAAGGUUUUACUCUUCCUGAUGUUUUUAUUUCAUGAAAACAAUGGUUGGUGGUUUUUUUGUUUUCUUUUUAAAAAACCACUAUGGUGUUGGUGUUUUCUAGACCUUUAAUACAAAUGACUUUUAGGUCUGCAUUUUUGUGAGAGAGAUGAAAAGAUAUGAGAAAGACAAGCCAUCUCCAUUUCUCAAGUCCUUUGCUGGAAAAAUGCACACAGUUCAGUGAUUUGAGAGAUUUUAAAUGACAGAAGAAAAAACCCCACAGCUGUUACUUAUCCAUGCUCUGUUAAAGGGUGCCCAUAAAUAGGGUGUGAAAUGAGAUGGAGCUUAGCCAAGAGAAGGGGUUAGUGAGCACCAUAUUGUGUUAAUGCCUUUACACAUUUUACUUUUAUUGUUUAGAGAGGCAGCUUUGGCAUAGCAGGUAGUGAGCUGGCCUUGGAGCCAUGAAGACCUGAGUUCAAGUCUUUCCUGACACAUACUGGCUGUCAUUUGGGGCAUCUCACUUAGAGAAGCAAUUCUAAGACAAUAAAUUAUAGAAAAGGUGGCAAGAAGGGAACUUCCUCAUCUGGGGAAUCUAUCAAUGAAAUCAUAAGUAUAGCCCCUAAUCAGGGAACCAACCAGGAAAUGCACUUCUGUUCCUAUCCUUGGGCAAGUCAUUUCCCUUCUCUGAGCUUUAUCUUCAUUAGAUGAUCACUAAAGGCCUUUUUCCAUUUCUAAUAUUCUCAGGCUCUAUAGAUUACACCAAGGGUCUUCAUCAAUCAGCUUUCUUAACCAGCUAGGCUUAAUAGUGUCUAAGGAAUAGAUGGAGAACAGUUUCCACCCAACCACAACCAAGAAAGAGGCUAUGGAGCCUACAGAUGCUGUCUCCUGACUUCAGAGACAUUAACCCAGGGAAACUCCUUCCCUCUUCCCCCAGAAAAAGAGAGAGGCAUAGGACAACUUUGGGUCACAAAGAUCCACUUCUGUACCCCCUACAAAGUGUUUAAUAGAAGAUGGCCUAUCCCUCUACUAUUGGGCUAUAUCCUUAAUUAAUCUAAUGAUUAGCCACUGUUAGUCUGAACACAUUCACUACUCAGCUAGCAAAAAUCCCUUCCUCUUUCUUAAUCGCUUUGGAGGGAGAGAGGAAGUGUGUGUGUGUGUCUGUGUGUGCAUCCAGGCCCUCUUCCUCAUCAGAAAGCUUAUGAUGUACAAGUUACCUGUUUAUGUUCACAUUUGUACUGUAUCACCUGGCCCAUGUGUGAUAAAGGACCAGCUGAGCAUAUUUUCUUCUUUUUCUAGUCUCAUGGUAAACAGACCAUAUGUAU